AACGCGCGACGCGCCCCCGUACUGAGCCGAAUGGAAAAGUUACUGGGGGGAGAGUGUGAGUGAGAGCAGGAUCCAUCCUCGUCGCCAUUACCGACUGGAAUGAGAGGGGAGGGAGCGAGUCUCGGAUUACAUGCAUACCACUAAUAUAGUUAAAUUACAAGAUAAAAACAGUUUUUAAAGGUUUCGUAGGAACUAGUGUUUUUCGUGGCCACAAUAUGUCAAGGAUACUGUUUUAAAGCCGAAUCCGUGGAAAUAAAAGAAGACACUUGGAAUGAUAUCUGUUUUCCGUAGUGUCGGGAGCUGGGAGCGACCAUGUUAGGCAGGUGAUAAAGACGGGGAGAAGCAACUGCCCCACACAACAGGGGAGAGGGAUCUGCGUAUUGACUCAGAGCCAUGGAAACGGCACCUUAGCUGAACAAAUGGAAACACAUCUAUACCCUACAGGAAAUCUUUGCUGAGACUGUAAAGGCAAUGACAGGGGGAAUAUAAUGGCCAAGAACAAGGAGGCCCGCCCCCCAACCUAUGCUGUGAGCGUAGUUGGGCUCUCAGGGACGGAGAAGGAGAAAGGCAACUGUGGUGUGGGCAAGUCCUGCCUGUGUAACCGAUACGUGCGCCCCAGUGCGGACGACUACUAUACAGAGCACACUUCUGUGUUGAGCACAAUUGACUUUGGUGGACGUGUAGUAAACAAUGAUCACUUCCUUUAUUGGGGGGAGGUGUUCCACCGAGGCGACGACUGCCUUGAGUGUAAAAUACACAUCAUUGAACAGACAGAGUUCAUUGACGAUCAGACUUUCUUGCCUCACCGCAGCACAAACUUGCAGCCCUACACAAAGCGGGCUGCGUCCUCGAAAUUGCAGUCUGCCGAGAAGUUGAUGUAUAUUUGCACAGACCAGCUGGGCCUGGAGCAGGACUUUGACCAAAAGCAGAUGCCCGAUGGGAAGCUGAACAUUGAUGGCUUUGUACUCUGCAUAGAUGUGAGCAAGGGAUGCAAUAGGAAAUUUGAUGACCAGAUGAAAUUUGUCAAUAGUCUUUACUCACAGAUGGCAAAGACAAAAAAGCCCAUCAUCAUUGCUGCAACAAAAUGUGAUGAGUGUGUAGAGCAAUAUCUGCGGGACCUUCAGUCGUUUGCUGCAAACAAGAAGAAUCUGUUGGUGGUGGAGACGUCCGCGCGGUCGUCUGUGAAUGUUGACCUCUGUUUUAACGCUCUGAUUCAACAGAUGGACAAAACACGGGGGAAGCCCAAAAUCAUCCCAUAUUUGGAUUCAUACAAGGUCCAGAGGCAGUUAGUGGCCACAGUGACAGACAGGUUUGAAAAGAUUAUAGUGUCAACAGUUCGAGAUUAUCAUACUACCUGGAAGGCAGUGAGCAACUCUUUGAAAAAUCAGCCUGACUAUGAGGAAUACAUUAACUUGGAAGGCUCCAGAAAGGCCAGGAACACAUUUUCGAAGCACAUCGAACAGCUCAAGCAAGAACAUAUCAGAAGGAGGAGAGAGGAUUAUCUCUCCAGCCUGCCCAAAAUUCUUAAUAACCUACUAAAUAACCUUGAUGAAAUUGAAGGCUUGAGCUGGUCGGAGGCACAGUCUCUCAUGAGAACACGUCAAGAGUUUCAGUACUGGUUUGUGGUGCUGGAGCAUGGCCCAUGGGAUGAGUCAGAUCACUUAGACAAAACUGAUAGGAGGGUGCCUUUUGAUAUCCUCAAAACUGGGGAAGCAGAGAGGAUAUAUCAAAACCACGUCCAGCAUUUGAUCUCUGAAAGGAGGCGGGUUGAGAUGAAGGAGCGGUUCAAGCGGACCCUCGAGCGGGUGCACUUCAUCAGCCCUGGGCAGCCAUGGGACGAGGUCAUGUGUUUUGUCAUGGAGGAUGAAGCUUACAAGUAUAUCAGUGAAUCUGAUCGCAGAGAUGUUUACAGCCGCCACCAGCAGGAAAUAGUUGAAAGGGCCAAAGAGGAGUUUCAGGAAAUGCUUUUUGAGCACGCAGAGCUAUUUUAUGACCUGGAUUUAAAUGCCACCCCAAGCUGUGACAAAAUGAGCGAGAUCCACACUGUACUUAACGAGGAACCCAGAUACAGAGCCCUACAAAAACUUGCCCCAGAUAGAGAGUCAUUGUUGCUGAAGCACAUUGGCUUUGUCUAUCAUCCCACUAAGGAGACUUGUCUGAGCGGUCAAGGCUGUGUAGAUCUGAAAGUUGAGCAGGUCCUCGCAAACAGGCUUGUACAACUGGACCAUGGUCGCUCCAAUCUCUACUACAGUGCCAACUUUGAUAAGAUUAAUUUGUGUCUCGUGGGAAGGGAUGGGCUCGCCCAAGAGUUGGCAAAUGAAAUCAGAGCACAGUCAACAGAUGAUGAGUACACACUAGAUGGUAAAAUCUAUGAGUUAGACCUCGUGCCUGUUGACGGAAACUCAUUGCUCUUGAGUCAUCCAUGGGCGCCAUCCUUUAAACCUCAUGGGUGUUUCUGUGUCUUCAGCUCCAUAGAAUCACUGAAUUUUAUUGGUGACUGUAUUGGACGAAUCAGAGCAGAGAUUGCACACAGCCGGAGAGACAGAUUUGCCCAACCAAUGCCAUUCAUUUUGAUUCUGGCAAACCAGAGAGACAGUGUUUGCAAAAAUAUGCCCAUCUUGAGGCACCAGGGCCAACAGCUUGCCAAUAAGCUACAGUGCACCUUCAUAGACAUACCCUCUGGUACCUUUCCAAGAAAGUUUAACGAGUCCCAGAUUAAGCAAGCUCUCAGAAGUGUUUUGGAUGGGUUAAAGCACAACUUUGACGUGAGUCCUAUGCCCUCCAUCAAAGACCUGUCUGAGACCGAUCUGCGGAUUGUUAUGUGUGCCAUGUGUGGAGACCCAUUCAGUGUGGAUCUCAUCCUCUCGCCUUUCUUGGAUUCACAUUCCUGCAGUGCCGGUCAACCUGGUCAGAGCAACACCUUAAUCCUUGACAAAAUCAUUGGCGACAGUCGCAGGCGAAUACAAGUCACUGUUCUCUCGUACCACUCCUCCAUUGGCAUUCGGAAGGACGAACUAGUCCAUGGUUACAUUCUUGUCUACUCUGCGAGGCGCAAGGCCUCAAUGGCCAUGCUUAGGGCGUUCUUGGCUGAGGUCCAGGAUGUCAUCCCGGUCCAAAUGGUGGCGAUCACAGACAGCCAGGCUGACUUUUUUGAGAAUGAGGCCAUCAAAGAGCUGAUGACUGAGGGCGAGCAUAUUGCCACUGAGAUCACGGCAAAGUUCACAGCACUAUACUCCUUGUCCCAGUACCACCGGCAGACAGAGGUGUUCACACCAUUUUUCAAUGAGGUGCUUGAGAAGAAAUCGAGCAUCGAGAGCUCCUUCAUGUUUGAUAUCAGUCGAGACGGGACGGGUGCAAGUGAAGACGUCUUUCCUCAAUCGCCCCACAGCCACUCGCCUGCCUACUACUAUCCUGACUCAGAGGAUGACGCAGAGGGACCUCCGCCUUACAGUCCUAUCGGGGAUGACGUUCAGCUUUUGCCCACCCCAAGUGAACGCACCAAGUGCAGGAUAGAUCUUGAGGGGAAUGAGUACCCCAUCCACAGCACACCUGUGGGUGACCACGAUCGCAACCACAAAGUGCCUCCCCCUGUUAGACCUAAGCCUGUCCUCCCCAAGCCAAGCGUCAAGAAGCUGGACCCAAAUUUGCUCAAAACCAUCGAAGCUGGCAUGAGGAACACCCAUAGGAGAGGAGUACGAGGAGGCCCCAUGGGCCAUGGCGAUGAUCUCGAAGCAUCUGACAACUAUGCUGAACCGGCCGAUACGCUCCUCAAGUCCAAGGGGUUCAAUGAUGACAUCUAUGCUGUGCCAGAGGACACACAUAGUCGAAUUGUGAAGAUGCGUAAUUCAUUUGGUGGGCUCCAUGUUUUACAUGGAGAAGAAGAGAAUGGCUUUGAUCGCUUGUCUAAGGCCCAGGGAAGUAGGAGACCUUCUAAGUACAAACAUCGGUCUAAGAUCCUGUUCAGCAAGACAAAAGCCUACCAAAGGCGCGUCCACUCUGAUAUCAGCGAUGAUGAGUCGGGGCCUGCUCACAGGAGAAAGAAGGUGGGAAGGGGAAAUCGGGGUAGCGAGGAAGACCCCCUGCUUUCCCCGGUGGACCCCUGGAAGGGAGGCAUAGACAACCCAGCCAUCACCUCUGACCCUGAGCAGGAUGACAAGAAGAUGAGGAAGAAGAAGGCGCAAAAGGCACCUAAGGAAGCUAAAUCAAAGAAACACACAAAGCCGCCCAAGCCUCUGUACCCACCAACGCGGAGGAAUUGGGAAAGCAACUAUUUCGGUGUGCCCUUGCAGAAUCUGGUCAGCCAAGAUCGACCAAUCCCGUUGUUCAUUGACAAAUGUGUGGACUACAUUGAACGCACUGGUUUGACGACAGAGGGUCUGUAUCGAGUGAGUGGCAACAAGACGGACCAGGACAACAUCCAGAAGCAGUUUGAUCAAGACCACAGCAUAGACCUGAUUGAGAUGGAUGUGGCGGUGAACGCGGUGGCCGGAGCCCUGAAGGCCUUCUUCGCUGACCUGCCUGACCCCCUUAUCCCCUACCACCUACACCCCGAGCUGGUGGAGGCAGCCAAAAUCGUGGACCACAUAGAGCGGCUGCAAGUGUUGAAGGAGAUUGUGAGGAAGUUCCCGCAGGUGAACUACGAAGUGUUCAAAUACGUCAUCACUCACCUGAACAGGGUGAGCCAGCACAGUAAGUCCACCCUGAUGACGGCGGACAACCUGUCCAUCUGCUUCUGGCCCACGCUGAUGCGGCCCGACUUCGAGAACAAGGACACGCUCUCCACCACCAAGCUCAACCAGUCGGUCAUCGAGUCCUUCAUCCAGCAGAGCCUGUACUUCUUCUACGGCGGCGAGAUGGUGGAGACGUCCAGCAACGAGGGCACGCCGCCGCCGCACGGCCACGGCCUGACCGAGUCGCUGCUCGCCCUGCAGCUCCCGCCUCCACUCCAGCCGCAGCAGAUCCAGCACCAGCUGCAGCCCGACGGCCUCAUGUAGAGAACUCAUCCCAGAUUUACCCCCUUACCCCCCCCCCACCCCACCCCACCCCAGAAACUAAACUAUUUAGUCCUAUUAAACAAACAAAAAAUACAACAACAACAACAAACAAACCUGGAGAGCUAGCGUCAUCAGCAAACUCAACAAACACACGUAUACAGACCAGAACACGGAACAGAACUGUAGCUGUUUUUCUUUCUUCAGGAAAAAAAAAAAGGAAAGACAAAAAAGAUGAUGACCCGGUGCCCGGUAUUUUUCUAGAACCCCAUAAGACUGGGUCUGUAUAGCAGCACAAAUACCCUGAGCAACGUGCAUUUCCCCCCCCCCCCCCCCCCCCCCCCCUUAGGUGGACCUCUCCUGCUCCCACGGCUUCCACUACCCUCAUCAGAUGCUGCUCCCCUUCUAGAGCCUUUUAGACCCCGCGCUGCAAACAGAGGGUUAGAAAGGAGGAUGGAAGAAUGUUUUGAGUCUGACUAUCCCGGUUUUAUUUCCUGUGAGUUUGAAAAAAAAAAUCCCUUCAACAGAACUCUGCAUGCCUCCCCUGGCAAGACAGCGGAGAUGGUCCCUUCGAGUCGAACACCCUCGCUAAUAAUAAGGAAAAUAUAUUUAUACUAGUUGUUUUUUUUGUUUGUUCUUUUUUUUUUGUGCUUGUUUUCAAAGGACUUACAAAGAAAAAACAACAAAACAAAAGCUAAGAAACAGUUGGUCACUCACAAAUGUGAGACCAGGCCGGUUUUAGUGUGGUUUAGAUCUGUGCCAUGCAUCCCGCCUGGUCUGUUUUUUUUUUUUUUUUUUUUUUUAAAAUGAUGAUUUUUGGUGAUGGAUUUCUUUUCCGUUUUGUUUCUUUACUUUCUCUUUUUUUAAUGGAAUCUAUUUUUUAAUCUUCAAAACCCUAUGAGUAGUGGUUGGUGUUGUGGUAUCCACCCCCCUUCCCCUCCCCCCUUGGCCCAGUGACUCCCCUCCCCCCUCCUCCUUUGGCACAGUUCGGGGCAGAACUUGCGUGACUGACAAUAAAAGGUGCAUUAGACUGGGACAGAACCCUCGCACCAUUCCCCGUCUGAAAGCAGAACUCAUGCAGAACACCCUGGAACUCACGGAAGGGACAACCCCACUGGAACUUUUUAUGUUUUCUUUUCUUUCUUUCUUUUUCUUUUUUUUUUAAAUGUUUAGGCACAUUUUUUUCGCAGGAAACCUCUUGGCCUUGCAAAGCAGCCUGGAUCUUUGCCGAUCUUCAUUUUCGGCUCAUUACUGUCCCGCUGUCCAGUUUUUCCUCUCCUUUAUUAAAACAAAGUCUUGGUUUCUACGUACCAACAGCAGGCAUUUGUAUAUUUGCCUUUAUUUCUUUGUUGACCUAAAUUUGCAUGUCUUUAUUUGCCACGUAAAACAACUACGCAAGGUUUCAAUAAAAAAAAGACUAAAAACAGCUAAAGACUGAAACACUUACACUCAAACUUAACCGUUUUAAAUGCAAGACUUAUUUUUUAUCUAACUUGGUUGAGGGAACAUGAUAACGGGGUCAAAUUUUAUUCAUCGUUUAUUUUGUCAUGCCAGAUGUUAAUUCUUAAUAUCAUAUUUUGGUUUUAUGUCUAAUUGUUUCCCAAAGUAGAGGAAAAAGUAUAUAUAUAAAAUAUAUAUGUCAGCAUCAUAUGACUGCUGAUGAAGCAAAAAAUACCAUUGGGUACUGAAACUGUAUAAUCUUGUAAAACCUAUAAUCAGAUUUCUUUGUGGUAUGCUGUACUAAAAAUUGGGGCUAGAUUAAUUGACUGUGUACUUAAUUCCCUAUAUGAAUAAAGAUUCAUUGCUUCUUUGUAGAUGGUACGGAACUUCGUUUUUCGUUUGUAAAGCUGAUGGCACAUUAAGCCAACUUUUUGAGCAAUGAAGCUAGGCAAUAUUGAGUUUUGUUGUCCAAAUACAUUCCCAUUGAAAUUGGGAGUGCUUUAAUCAUUAGCAGGCAAAUGAUCAUUCUCAACCAAUCGGAACACGUGGAACUGGCUAUACGGUUGGCCAGUAACAUUGCUCGAAAAGUUUUCCCAUGUACCUUCACCUUAAGAGAUGCUGCUUGGGGGGAAACAUUCUGGUGAAAACUAUGGCUAGAGCGCUUUGUGUGUGAAAAGGUGGAAACAGAUCAGAUGUCUUAACAAAAAAAAUGAAGUCCCACCACUCAUAUCCCUCGGUAGAUCCCAAACGCAAUUACUUCAUGAAGACGACAUAAUGGGGGAGGGGACUGCAGCUGCUAGAAAUACCUUCUUUUGUGUAGUUUCAAACCGCAAACCCUUAUUUGUUCAUAAAACCUGCCUCACUUAAGCCGGUGUACAAACUAAAGAUUUUAACGUCAUCAUCUCUGUAUAGUAAAUAAAUGAUUUUGAGAAAAGAAACAAGAAGGCUUUGGCUUCCUCCAUAUUUUGUUUUCCCUAAAAUAAAGAUUCAUUUUUCCAACCUUGGA